AUGCCGCCCAAGGCGCAGCCUCCCGGCCAGCGCGGUCUAUCGCGUGUCCUUUCUGUUCUGGAUGCCCGUGGAAAUGCACCCCUGGUUAUGAAUGAUCUGUCCCUGAAGGACAACUACUCUCUACGGAACUGCGCCAAUCAUGCAAUUACCAUGACAUCGCUGUCGAUGGAAGAGCUUGCCUCGUCGCAUCCAUCAAUCUCCUUUGUUCACGCAUAUCCAGGUAUUGUGAACACAAGUCUAAUGCGUGAUAAUGGAUUUUUAAUCAAGACUGCGCUGAGUGCACUCUUCCUUCUGUUCUCGCCGUUGACUAUUGGGUUGGAAGAGAGCGGUGAGAGACAUAUUUACGCGGGAACCAACCCGGGUUUCGCCCCGAGAGGAUCAAAUGGAGGCAAUGAUACUGCGACUGGCUCGGAUGGUGUUCAGGGGUCUGGUUCCUACUUGGUUGGUUCUGAUUCGGCCACCGUGAGUAACCAGAAGGUUUUGGAAGGCUAUCGAGCGGAUGGUACGAGGGCAUCCGUUUGGAAGCAUACCCUCGAUAUUUUUAAGGGUAUCCGUGGGGCUUAG